UGGAACGAAGACCCACCUGUGCGCGGGCCGGAGCCAGAACUCACCUGGGCCGGCGGAAGGCUGCCCCGGGAGCAGCCCCGGGUUGGCCCAGAGCGGAGGCGGAGGCGCCCCGCCGGGGGUCCGCGCGGCCGCGAUGACCUGGAGCGCCACCGCCCGGGGCGCGCAGCAGCCCGACAACACCGCGUUCACGCAGCAGCGCCUCCCCGCCUGGCAGCCGCUGCUGUCGGCCGGCAUCGCGCUGCCGCUCUUCUUCUGCGCCGGCCUGGCCUUCCUCGGCCUGGGCCUGGGCCUCUACUACUCCUCCAACGGCAUCAAGGAGCUCGAGUACGACUACACCGGCGACGCGGGCGCCGGCAACUGCUCGGUGUGCGCCGCCGCCGGCCAGGGCCGCGCGCCGCCGCCGCGCUGCUCGUGCGCCUGGUACUUCUCGCUGCCCGAGCUCUUCCAGGGCCCCGUGUACCUCUACUACCAGCUGACCAACUUCUACCAGAACAACCGGCGCUACGGCGUGUCCCGCGACGACGCGCAGCUGAGCGGGCUGCAGAGCGCGCUGCGCCAGCCGGUCAACGAGUGCGCCCCCUACCAGUACAGCGCGGCCGGCCUGCCCGUCGCGCCCUGCGGCGCCAUCGCCAACAGCCUCUUCAACGACUCCUUCUCGCUGUGGCACCAGCGCCUGCCCGGUGGGCCCUACGUCGAGGUGCCGCUCGACCGCACCGGCAUCGCCUGGUGGACCGACUACCACGUCAAGUUCCGCAACCCGCCACUGGUGAACGGCAGCCUGGCGCUGGCCUUCCGGGGCACCGCGCCCCCGCCCAACUGGCACCGGCCGGUCUACGAGCUCAGCCCCGACCCCAACAACACGGGCUUCAUCAACCAGGACUUCGUGGUGUGGAUGCGCACGGCGGCGCUGCCCACCUUCCGCAAGCUGUACGCGCGCAUCCGCCAGGGCAACUACUCCGCCGGGCUGCCGCGGGGCGCCUACCGCGUCAACAUCACCUACAACUACCCGGUGCGCGCCUUCGGCGGCCGCAAGCUCAUCAUCUUCAGCAGCGUCUCGUGGAUGGGCGGCAAGAACCCGUUCCUGGGCAUCGCCUACCUGGUGGUCGGCUCGCUCUGCAUCCUCAUGGGCUUUGUCAUGCUGGUCGUGUACAUUCGCUACCAGGACCAGAGCGACGAAGACGAGGACGACGAGUAAUUCCUGCUUUCAAGGAACCCUCUCUGCUUCUUGCCAAAACUCUCUUGCAAGCUUCUUUUGGUUCCUCCCUCUCGACUGUCACCCGCUUCCAACGUCGCCUCCCGUCGCCUCCUAUUGUGGAUGAGGGGACCAGAGAGAGAGA